UGGAGAUCCAUCGGAUGGGGACUUAACCUCUAUUUGCCAACUACAUUCGCUCAGCUCGUAGCCAGCUGGUGGUUGACCCCCGGACGGGAACAUGUUUCUGGCUUUAGAAAGCUGGUUUCGGUCCCAAAACAGAGGCCCAAGCCCCCAGCAAAACCGGAACCGGAAGACCACGAGCGCAGCCACCUCCGAUGCUGAAUGAAGCGCCUGCACCUUAUCUCAUCAGCGCUGCACCUACCAACCUUUGCAUGUCAAUAAGAAUAUCUCAUCAGUCCAUUGGCAAAGCUGCUCGCUACUGAACUCCUUGUCUCUUAUCCAAAAAAAAAAAAAAACUCCUUGUCCUACGCACAGAGUCAACUCCAAGGUACUGCCACUACUAGUCGUGCCACUCCACUUGUUUUGCUUGCAUAGUUGCAUGCCGGGAUGCCGAAAACAGCAGCGCUGGCCUGGCCGCGCCAGCUCCAACACACGGACGCUGUCUCUGAAUCCGACGAUUUCUUUGCUGCAACUUGCAACCACCGCCUCCGCGCCGGUCCUCCAAUAUAAGCUCCCGACCUUGCCACGCACUUCCACUCACGAUUCACGAACACCAAGGAAGGAAGAAACCGCAGCAAGCCGAAGCAUACAUACUACAGGAUGCACUUGACACUCAGCCCUGUGAGGACGACGAGGAAGGGGGCGGCCGCUGCGCACGGGCGGACGGCGAGCCAGCCGUGCCACCACGCGCACCCCGCGCUCGCACGCCUUGACGGCGGCGUCCGCGCGCUCAGGGCGUGGUCCGCCACGGGCUGCUGCGGCGCCGCCGAGGGCCUGGCGCUCGUCGACGCCGUCCUGGCCGCCCUCGGCGAGCUGCUCGCGACGCCGGGGGCCGGCGCGGCCCUCCGCGCCGCGGAACAGAUCCUCGACAGCUUCCUCGCGCUCGCCGACGCGUACGGCACCUUCGGGUCCGCGCUGCUCGCGGCGAAGCAGAGCGUGGCGGAGGCGCGGGCCGGCGUCCGGCGCGGGGAUGGCGCGACGGUGGCCGCGUCGGUGCGCGCGCACAGGUGGACUGAGAAGGACAUGUGCCACCUCGCCGCCACAAUGCGGCACGCGGCAGUGGCGUCGUCGAAGCUGGAAGGUGUCACCACGGAGACCGAGGUGGUCGAUAUGGUGGCGGAGGCGGCCGCGGCCACAGCGGAAGCGUCGGCGGUCGUCUUCUUGGGGUGCGCGACUAUGUCGCCGGACGUGUCGGCCAUGGUACAUACGGUGUCCUCGCGCAAGUGGCUGGCGAGGCUGGGCGUCGUGUCGGCAGCCAGGAAAGUAGCGCCGGAGAUGGCAUUGGAGAGCCUGGAGGAGCUAGAGGAAUGCAUUUGCGCGGUCGAGAGCGGGAGCGAGAAGGUGUUCAGGAGGCUGCUGCAGGCUAGAGUUUUACUCCUGAACAUCCAUAAUCCAUUGUAA